AAAAACAUGAAGAAGAACUACUGUCAAUAGGACAUUGCCUACAAUCAGAGAGAUCAAAUUUUGUUGUUUUUUUUUAUGUUGUAUAGUUUACGACAGCAUUAGUUGUUGAAUUUAAGCCAGAGCACGGUUUCAGUUGUAAUAGAAUGUCACUAAGAGAUCUGGUUGAGCCGGACUGUUCCGGUGCCAAUUCACUAAUGAGAUUAGGCAACCAAAUUCGUCAAGAUGCUGCAUUUAAAGACGAUGGAUUGGGUCCUGGCGCAUCGUUCGUCAAUCGGCCGCAGCAAUUCGGUUCCGAUCAGUUGGUGAACGAGUUUCUUGGCCAGAUCGCUCCACCGCAAACAUUUCGCAUGGACUCACUGCUGCAAGAAAUGAGAGAAAUCGACACAAGAUCGUUUCACAACCGUAUCGUUCGAGCUCCACCUGUUAUUGACGAGGUUAACAGCGGUAUCGAUUGGGCAAAUGAAUUUUCAACUGAACUACAAGUCCAUCAGCGACACGUCAGCGAUCCGAAUUUAAUGGUUGAAGACAAAGGUUUGCAUGACAUGUGGAACCAGGGUAUGACUGCCCCGUUCGAUAUGACUCAAACAUUCAACGACAAACCGUGGGCCAAAGAUUUCUUCGAUGUAAACGAGUCAUUUCAGCAAAUGAAUGUCCUCGAUCGGAUCCACGACACGAUUCCAGUUGCCAGCAACGGGCCGAUAACGAUGCCCGAAGACUCUGAUCAGUUCAAAUAUUCCGAGUUCAUGAAAUUUAUGCAAAAUGUUGGCGACAGUGAAGUUGGCAUUGAAAAUGGUGCAGUUGGUGGCACGUCGGAGGAUUGGGUGAAGGAUUUUAACACUUCAAAGAAGAGUGAUGCCGAAUUAACGGACAAUUACAACACUCAAUUUUGGAAUCGUCUACAAGACGAAUGGAAAAAAUUGUCUAGCGAAGAUGCUAAUCAUCCGUGGUUAUCCGAGUUUAACGAUUACUAUGAUCCGUACAAGGAAUACACCUUUGACGAAGAGAAUCCAAUGACUGACCUCGAAAAUGCGUUCGAAAAAGGGAAAUAUUUUCAAUCGCAAGGUGAUAUACCCAGCGCUGUUUUAUGUUUUGAAUCUGCUGUCAAACAGGACCCUACAAACGCUGAAAUUUGGGAACUACUGGGAACAUGUCAGGCUGAAAACGAAAAGGAUCCGAAUGCCAUAGCUGCAUUGAAACGGUCGCUCGAACUGAAUCCGAAUAAUCCGAAAGUAAUGAUGGCAUUAGCUGUUUCGUAUACAAACGAAAGUCUGCAAAACCAAGCAUUGAACAUGCUAGUCAAUUGGCUGAAGUGCAACGCAAACUAUAAAAAUUUAGUUCCAUCGACCAUGAUACCGGUGGAAGAUGAGAUUAUGACGAGCUCGAUCAAGGGACUGAAUUUGAAGGAGGUGCAACAACUGUUUCUAACAGCCGUACAACAGAAUCAUCCACAAGUCGAUCCUGAUAUACAAGUAGCGUUAGGAGUUCUAUUCAAUCUCUCAUCGGAAUACGAUAAGGCUGUCGAUUGUUUUCAAGCUGCAAUACACGUUCGUCCGGAUGCGAAAACGUGGAAUCGCUUAGGUGCUAGCUUCGCAAAUGGCAAUCGGUCAGUUGAAGCCGUUGAUGCCUAUCAACGUGCACUGGAAAUUCAGCCAGGUUUCAUUCGGGCUCGCUAUAACGUCGGCAUCAUUUGCAUCAAUCUGAAGGCGUACAAAGAAGCGGUCGAACAUUUCCUAACCGCACUGAACAUGCAAUCGGACUCAUUGACCCGGUCGGGACUACAUCAGGCCAAGCCAUCCAAUCAAAUGUCGGAGACGAUUUGGAGUACAUUGCGAAUGGCAAUAUCACUAUCGGGACGCAUGGAUUUGCAGCCAGCUAUUGACGAACGAAAUUUGAAUGCAUUGAAUUCGGCGUACAAUUUGAAUGGGUAGAUUGUUAGAGGACACUAUAGUUAUUGCAAUUGAAUUUAGGUUAAAAAAAAAACAUUUUUUGGAUUAUCAUUUUUGGCUAUGAUGGCGUUUUUGAAACGGUUUACAUUUUAAAGAAAC